AGUGGCACACCAUGUGUGUAAUGACCGGACACUUGUUCAAUGUGAGAAGACGGUAUCAUGUCAGGAGCAGGAAGGUGUGUGUUGAGUAAUUUACUUCGCUGCUCAUUAAGCCCUGGACAAUGCAAACCGGCCAUUUUGAGGCCGUGCGCUGCACGAUCGUUAUCUCUCACUUCGCAGCUCAGCACUAAGCCCCGUCCGUCUCCAGGCUCCAGCGAUGGUGAAGAGAGCAUCUCCAAGCCCAUCAAGUUCUCCACGAGUAAAGCCAGCCACCGGACAUGGAAGGUGGAGCGCUCGAUGGGCAGCAGGUUCCAGCGGCCGUGGUGGCAGGUUCUUCCCCUCAGUGUCCUCACCAUCGGUUUCCUGCUAUGGUGCGUCUUCCGCGAGGAAUCCAACAUCGACCGCACUUUGGAAAAGCAGCUGUUUGAACACUUACCUGGCUUACUGAGCAACAUUGAAGAGACAGAGGAAGAGGAGGAGGAGACAAAAGAGAAGGAAGGAACUCAGAUAAGAACCUGAUGAUGGUUCAAAAUGAAAAUGAAUGAUUAUUAUUUGGACUUGUAUAUGAUUGUCAUGGCUGCUGCAUCUUGGUCAUGAGAUUGUGGAAAUAAACAGGGGUCUGUCCUGAUGAGCUCCGUGGUUAAAGAGAAGAGUCAAGCCAAAGGCCACAGACUCAGCUGAGACAGUAAUGGAACUUUAUGAAUAAUUCUGUGUAAGCUACAGGUCUUCAUCGUUGUUCAGAAUGUAGUUUCUGAGACUGUAUGAAAAGCUUUUACCUGUAGAAACAGACAAAUGUUUGUUAAUAAAUGAUUGGCGAUUUCACAGUGACAUAAUACCAGUGAAACCCUUUAGGACAUUGUCUCUUAUUGGAAAAUAAUCAACCUCGGGUGUUACCUUAAGUAACCGUGUACAAGGAUUUAAGCGUGAUGUCUGGCUGAAUUCAAGCCAUGUAUGUAUGCAGCUCUGCUGUACAGUGAUGUAAAUCUUUUGAACGGUUUUUAAAGUAAAGGCAGAAACUUUCCUAGUCUUCAUCUUCAA